AUGGGGCCCACCUGGGUAACGACGGGGCGUGUCGAUUGCAUGCGGUUCCAAAACGAAAUCAGGGACCUACUCGGGGGCCCGCAGAUCACUUACGGUUCCAAAACAAAACCAGGGACUCCGGGCAACGACAGAGGGCUCGCAGAUCGUAUGCAACAGUUCACCAAUCAAACGACAUAA